AUGGAUUUGUUUUGGAAAAUCCUUAAACCCAAGUUUAUAUUUUUCCUGCAUGGAAUCAAUGUUCUAUGUGGAGUAGCUUUACUUACAAUGCCUUAUGCAGUGAAAGAAGGAGGAUGGUUAGGGCUUUUCAUACUCUUCUCCUUUGGCGUCAUAACUUUCUACACAGGUAUUCUCCUUAAGAGAUGUCUCGAGAAUUCACCUGGAAUCCACACUUACCCGGACAUUGGUCAAGCUGCAUUUGGCACCACAGGACGCAUCCUUGUCUCUAUACUUCUUUACGUGGAGUUAUAUGCAUCUUGUGUGGAGUAUAUAAUAAUGAUGAGUGAUAAUUUGUCUGGGAUGUUCCCAAACACAUCCUUAUAUAUCAGUGGACUAUCUCUAGAUUCUAAACAAGUUUUCGCCAUUACCACUACUAUAAUUGUUCUGCCCACUGUCUGGCUCAGAGACCUUAGCUUAUUGUCCUAUCUCUCAGGUUCAUUCCUCCUAUUUUCACACAAAUAUGUUAUAGAUUUUAUCUUCUUAAUAAGUCCUGAGAGAUGUUUGUAUAUUGAUUUUUUUUUCUUAGCCGGAGGUGUCUUCUCUUCAAUCUUGCUUGCACUCUGCCUCUUUUGGGCUGGCUCUGUCGGUGGAGUUGGAUUUCACCUGACCGGAAAAGCUCUCGAUAUAGCAAACUUACCCGUUGCAAUCGGAAUUUAUGGGUUCGGUUUUGGAAGUCAUUCUGUUUUCCCCAACAUUUACUCAUCCAUGAAAGAGCCUUCCAAGUUUCCUCUUGUGCUUCUCAUCAGUUUUGCGUUUUGCACCUUAUUUUACAUCGCUGUAGCGGUUUGUGGAUACACGAUGUUUGGUGACGCGAUUCAAUCCCAGUUCACACUGAACAUACCUCAACAUUUCACCUCAUCUAAAAUCGCAGCAUGGACAGCGGUCGUUACACCAAUGACGAAAUACGCUUUAACCAUCACUCCAGUCGUGCUAAGCCUUGAAGAACUCAUACCGUCUUCGUCAAGAAAGAUGAAAUCCAAAGGUGUCUCUAUGCUUUUUAGAUCCGUCUUAGUUCUCUCCACUUUGGUCGUUGCACUCACAGUUCCAUUCUUCGCUACUGUCGCGGCUCUGAUCGGAUCUUUCAUCGCAAUGCUUAUAGCGUUAAUAUUCCCGUGUCUAUGCUAUAUGAGCAUUAUGAAGGGUAGAUUAAGUAACUCUCAAAUGGGAAUUUGUAUUUUCAUCGUCAUUAUCGGCGUUGUGAGCGGUUGCUGUGGGACUUACUCUGCAAUCGCUAGAUUAAUUGGCGAAAUGGCCUAAACGGUUUUACUCUUUCUCGAGAAACUUCAUCAAAGAAAAGCAAGGAAUACAGGAUGGGAUACCUUCAAUAGAAUAAAACCAAUUUUUGCCAACUUUUAAAGAUUUCUUUUGCGAUUUUAUUUUAUUAUAAUAAUUUAAGUACUCUACGAUCGAGUGCUAUAUAUAUAUGAUAUAAUCAUACAUCACGUUCAGUUUUUGUUUAUAUUAAUAUCAGUUUGUGUCAUGCAUCUAUUUUAGUA